AUGACUCUGAUCCCAGCUUCUGAAGAGCGCGGAUCAAAUUCAAUCACACAAUGCCAGUCCACAAAUCAGUGUAAGUCGGGCGCUCACACAUGUCACUGGUUGGCUGCCUGCAUGGAUCUGCCGGAUAGUGACCACAAACCAAGAUACUCAUGUAAAUGCAAGCCGGGUUACGUCGGUAACGGUCAUCAAUGUACAGACGCAUGUGAAGGACUCUGUCAUAAUGAUGCGACAUGCCUGAAAACAGGACGAGGAGAGCUGAAAUGCAUUUGUGGCCCUGGAUACAACGGUCGACGGUGUGAAAACAGAGUAUGA